UCUCAUAUCCCCCAUAUCAAUAAUUCAAGCGCGCGCGACAGAGCAGACGGAGCUCCCCCCUCUGCGCUAUGAGUUCUGCUGCCUCGUCACUCGUCCAGGGCCCUUCCGCUGCGCGCACGACUCUCCCUUACUGUGUUUCCAAGUGACAGAUAAGCUGCCGAGAGGUGGGAAAACAGGAAAGGAACAGGUGAAAACUGGGGACUCGCCUGGAGAUACGGGUUAAUAAAGCAAUUGUUGAAAAAAGGAGCAGAGACGCCUAAAACUAAACCAUCUGGGUUUGAGACACUCCGCCAGGAAGUUCACGUUAGGCUAAUUAAAUCCAAGAAAGCGGAGUAGCACCUAGUUGUAAAACGAACCUUUUAAGGUUAAUCGAGGAACAGUGGGAAACUCUUCCUACCUGAUUUUUUUAAAAAAAAAGGGGAAUAGACCCACUCCGGUUUGAGGUGUGAAGACGACCUGAACAAGUUCACUGCUCGGUUCCGGCAUGCUGGCGUUUUGCCUUUUAAGUGCCGUGUGGCUUGCGGCGAGUCCGGUCCGCGCUCAGAACGAGACGGAACCAAUCGUCCUGGAGGGAAAGUGCCUCGUGGUGUGCGACUCCAACCCGACCUCGGACCCCACGGGCACAGCGCUCGGGAUCUCGGUGCGCUCGGGAAGCGCAAAGGUGGCGUUCUCCGCAGUCAGGAACACCAACCACGAGCCCUCCGAGAUGAGCAACCGGACUAUGGUCAUCUACUUCGAUCGGGUUCUUGUAAAUGUUGGGAGGAAUUUUGACGAAGAGAGAAGUAACUUCAUUGCACCACGGAAAGGAAUUUACAGUUUUAACUUCCACGUAGUUAAAGUCUACAAUCGCCAAACUAUACAGGUAAUGCCUAUGUUUGAGACGUCUUUCUCCAGAGACAACAACAGCAGAGGCCGCCGUUAA